AUGAGUCCGUCAACAUCAACGUCAUUAUUGUUGUUGUUUUUAAAUACAUUUUUUAUUGUUUCUUUGGCAAAUCGUGCUCCGGAUUUGACUCACAGACAGCCGCGAUUUAUUUCGUUUAAUUCUAAAGAAGGAAAUAUUGAUUAUUCAAAAUAUUUCAAGGUCGACUUGGAUCUGUCUAUUCCAUUUUUAUCGAUUCCUCUGAAUCAUGAUGAGGGGGCAGACGGCCCAAAACCUCUGGUGAAUGUUAACUUGAAAUCUGUUGCUGUUGCUGGAGUCCUGGCUGGAGUGACGGCAUUCGUGCUGCCAUUUUUUUUCGCAAAACCUUCAGUUGAGCAUCGGUACCGUAAGUUUUAUAUAAUUUAUAUUCUUCUAAGCUUAUUAAUCAUUACAUUUUAUUAUUUUGUUAUUCAAACUAGUACAGGUCGUGACGAUGAAUUUGGAUUAAGGGAAGCUGGUCAAGCUCUCAAUGAAUUGAUGUUGGGAAAUAAUUAUGUGACACCGUGUCUUCAGUACACUGUAUGCAGCGCAAUUGCUAAAGUCAGUCAUGCUAGAGUGCUAUCGAGCAGUGAUAAAAUAAUUGAUGGGAUAGCAAAUCUUGGAUGGUUUAAAAACGUGACGGACGGAACGGCAUUACAAGAAGCAAUAAAUGUAGGCCGGAAACAAAAUCCUGGAUGUUCUUUUAUGUUUGACGGAUGUAAAAUGCCAGCAAAUGUUCUUGAAUCUAUGAUGAAUCAACUGGGUAUCAAAUAAUUUUAUAAAUUCAUGAAUUU